CUUUGUGAAAAGUUGCAUCGGUGGCAGCGAUGGUAAUAGCGUGGCUGUUCUUGCUUCAAUUUGCAGCUGCCCUUGGCAGCCCGUGCGAAGAGAGAUCUGGUGCAUGGCUGACGGAUCGAGAUGAAUUUCUGCGAACAGAUGAGCCUAAAUAUCUUCAAGGCCUACAUGUGGCCUGUUUCUGGCAGCAGGAUCACAAGCUGCUCUUGGAAGCGCACAUGAACGGCGUGCGGGAAGAGAAACCGCUCCAGGCGGAGUUCGAGUCCAAGGCGCUCAACGAAGACUGGCGCAGUUUCAGAAAAGCCUUGCAGAGCAAAAUGCGCUUCACAAAGGCUACCAAUGAGUGGGGCAACUUCCACUUGAAGCAGCCUUUUGGGAUAUUUGCGGAAAGUGGACACCGCCUGGGGUCAUCUGCGGAGGUGCUGGCAGCGGGCCUUGUGCUGAUCAUGGAGGGCGGUCAAUGGUUUUGGCCACCGGUACGUGUUGGCUACCUUCGCCGCUUGCAGGGCACUCCGUAUCAGCUUGAGACGCAGUCAGUGCAGCCUGUAGUCUUUCGAGUGCGCGGCUUCCUGCGUGAGGAGGAGUGCGAGGUUAUCAUCGCCAUGGGGAAGUCCAACAUGUCUGAGUCGCCAGUGGUGCCGAUGGACAUCCACAAACCAGACCUAGACGCCAAAGAGUAUCGAACCAGCACCCAGGCCAGGAUCAGCAGCUCUGAAAGCCCUUUGCUACAGGAGCUGGACUUGCGCAUUAGCAACCUGACCCGCGUGCCGGUGUCCCACAACGAAGAGGUUCAGGUCUUGAGAUACCGCCUUGGUGAGUUCUAUGCGGCGCACAACGACAACUUUGACCCAGAGUUCUACCAAACCAGCGUAGAUUACAUUGACAAAGGCCACCGAAACCGGCUCCUAACGGUCUUUUGGUACUUGACCAAUGUUGAGAAGGGCGGGGAGACCAAUUUCCCACGUGCGAACGCCUUGCCGCAGCCACAGGACGUGCACAGUUGCAAGGAUGGCCUCAAGGUUCGUCCGGAGGUGGGCACUGUGGUCUUCUGGUAUUCCUUGCGGCCGAACGGAAACAACGAUCCGAACGGCUUGCACUCGGGUUGUCCGGUGGAGGAUGGCCAAAAGUGGUCUGCUAACUACUGGGUUUGGAACAAGCCACGCUCCUUUGAGAUUAGCAUGCCUGAUGCAGAGGUGGACGAUGAAUACAGCGGUGAGAUGUCGGUCGCCACCGAAGAGGUGCAGGCAGCCAAUAACAUCACUGUGGUCUUUGACAACCGGCACUCGUAUCCAAUGUAUUUGUUUUGGAAGCCACCUGACAGAGACCAAGAGGCUUUCAUGGGAGUGGUCAAGCCCAAGGAGAGCAUCAGCAUGCUGACAUUCCCUGGUCACGUUUGGCACCUUCGUGCGGGAGCAGACCAGUCGAGUCAGCUCAUCGGUGCUCAGGAGAUCAACGACCGCCCGUCCCAGCAAGUCUUCCUCCUCUCCCCCGAGGAGGCCUACGAGCCUUCGGCAGGAGAGCUUUAGUGACUGGUUAGAUGACAAGGUGCAGCCCAAAGUGGUUAGAUUUCACAAGAUCGGUAGAUCUGGUUGUUUUAGCGGUAGUGCUGGGUUGUGGAAGCCUAUUUUAUGGCGGCGCAGCCAAGUUUGCGGCCAAAGCAGCGCAGGCCUCGUGCCACAACUUAAAGGCCAGCCGCUUCAGCGCUCGAAGAAAAGUCCUUGUAGCUCAUUGAAUUUUCAAGUGGGAGAGGUUCUAAUGAGAUUUAUCUUGCAAGGAGCUGUCCAGGCACAGCCAUAUCAAAGACAUGGCUCAUUGCUAUCAGCUUGUCGUGGCAUUUGAUUCAGAGAAGUCUGGGCCGAGGCACCACCAGAACUGC